AACAAGAGUUCAACCAGAGCGCAACCCAAAAACCCACAAACAGCACCAUGAAAUUCGCCGUCGUCGUUAUCUUCACCUUGGCCCUCGCCAUGGGCGUGCAGUCGUCUGUGAUCCCCCUGCUGUCCCAGGUGGCUGGACAUGGACUGUCCUACACCGCCGUUUCCGGACCCGCUGUGGUGGCCUCUCCCUGGGCCGUGCCCGCCGCCCACUGGCCCGCCGCCGUGAACGUGGCUUCGUGGCCUCCGGCAGCGAUUCACGCCGCCGCUCCUGCCGUGGUUGCUGCCCAUGCUCCUGCCGUGGUUGCUGCCCAUGCUCCCGCUGUGGUUGCUGCUCAUGCUCCCUCCGUCGUCGUGGCCCCAGUGGCCCACAGCGGCGUCUACACUGCCCAGACCCGUGGUGCUAUCCACACCGCUCCUCUGGCCGGACACAUCCAGUCGGUGGCCUCCAUCAAUGCCGCUCCCGCACCCGGAACCUUGUAAGGAGGUUACUGCCUUGAAUCCCUAUGCCGAUCGAACCAUUGCCUCUGCCACGGAUACUGCCAUUGAUGGGGUCCCCCUAUCGAACUGGAGACACCCAUCAACACUGUUUUGUAAAUACAUUGUAUAUAUAGACAUAUAUAGACAGGGUACUCGCACCUAGCACCUGAACAGGAUCCUUUCAUACCUGUCCCAAAAGACGGAGUCAUCAAAAUUUCUUUCCAACCUAAGCACCCGGCCACGUUUGUGGUUGUCUAUUUCUCUCGCUUACCUAUUUAUUUAGCAUACAUUUUCCAAGCAUCCUGUGAAAAACCCCCCACAAGUUUUCCUUCGAAUGGAAUGCCAAGUGCAUUCUGGAAGGAAAUGCUUGUACAUCUUGCCAAUAAAGAAAAUGUAACUAAA